CCGCGAUCGCCGAUCGCUCGCUCGCGUCUCGUGUUUUGUAAACAGGUUUAUGUGGCUGUGUCGUCAUAUUACAGCGUUUUGUUUUCGUCUCGACUUGCGACUACUGUCAUAUUAAAAGCUACCAGGGCUUACACUGCCCUAAUUUUUUAAUUUGACAUCUUGGUUGGCAAGCAAAAAAUAUUGUCGCCUUUCAGUUUUACAGCCCUUUCGUGAGGGACUCAGCCUUUAACUUACUUUAUUUUUCCUAAUAAUUAUAAUUAACUGAUACCUCUAGACUGAUUAUACUGAUGAACCGGUGAACUUAAAAGACUAACUCUACCUCCACUCCAAGCUGAUUAUUGGGCAAAGUUGAACCUCAAAUGACCGAAGAUAAUAAUUAUGAUUCCAAGAUGUCGAAAAUAAGUAACAACAACAGGACGUCUCUGGAAGAAAUGUGUUCAUUACAAAACGGAUCUAAAGAAAACAAUGAAGCACCAUGCGAACAUACAUCACUAACAGCACUGCCCGAUGCCUAUGACGAUGUUGAUGAUAAGAAUCACAAAGAAAACCUAUCCAAUGGCUACGUCACAACGCAUAGUGAUAGUGAAGACGAGAGCGAGACUAAGUGUGGAUGGGGUCCAUGUUCACCCAAAUGGCUUAAAAUGUUUGCAUCAAAACAGGUGUUCCUGGCAGUGUUUUGUAUGGCAUGGGUACUACAGGGCAUGUACCACACAUAUUUUGUUAGUGCAAUAACGACCAUAGAAAAAUUAUUUCAAAUCCAGUCAAAAACAACAGGUAUUAUAAUGAGUGCAACUGAAAUGGGUCAAAUAGGAUCUUCCUUACUAUUAACUUAUUAUGGUGGACAAGGACAUAGGCCCAAGUGGAUUGCUUGGGGCAUGGUUCUUUUCGCUGUGAGCAGUUUUACUUGUUCCCUACCUCAUUUUAUUUAUGGGAAACAGUUGAUAAAGGCUAAUGAUUUAACUGGAAUUAUUAGGGAACCUAAUAUAUGUAAACCACCAAACUUCGAUCUAGACGAUUUUACCAAAAAUCGAGCACAAACAAUUCUCAACACGACCGACUUUAUUAAUGAAAAUAUUUCUCCUAAUAUUAUACAAACUUGCUAUGAUGAAGACGUACUACCUGGACAUCAAAUUCAGCCAAGUGUUACCAAUAUUGUACUCGCAAUAUUUUUUAUUAGUUUACUUGGAGUUGGUAUGGGUCAAACUGCAGUUUAUACUUUAGGUAUUCCUUAUAUGGACGAUAAUAUAUCUAGUAAACAAUCGCCUUUAUAUUUUGCUAUAACAAUUGGAGUUCGAAUCCUGGGUCCAGCCUUUGGAUUUAUUGUUGGAUCUCUAUGUACUAGUGUAUACGCCGACCUUUCUGUGGAUCCCAAAAUUGACCCAUCUGAUCCUAGAUGGGUGGGUGCAUGGUGGUUGGGUUUAGUCAUAAUCUCAGGACUAUUAAUAUUGGCUUCAAUAGCAAUGUUUGCAUUUCCCAAACGUCUGCCGCCUGUUAGGCCUUCUGUACAUAUACCUAGAUUGGCCAAUAUUAGUGUUAUAACUGAUAAGAAACAACAUCCUAGUUUAAGAGAUUUUCCAAAAACCGUAAAAAGACUGUUGAAAAACGAUAUACUGAUGUUUAGAACUGCCAGCAGUGUACUUCAUAUUUUGCCCAUAGCCGGGUUAUACACAUUCCUGCCGAAAUAUUUAGAAUCUCAAUUUAGACUUCCUACACCUACUGCCAAUAUGAUUUCAGGAGUUGGCGGAAUACUUGUGAUGGGGGUUGGCAUAGUGAUCAGUGGAAUAUUUAUUUUAAAAAUUAAACCAAAUGCUCGAUUUGUAGCUGGAUGGAUAGCAUUUACGGCAAUUGUUUAUGCUAUCGGUAUGGGUGUACUUAUGUUUAUUGGCUGUCCAAUGAACGAUUUAGCAGAUCUGAAACCAAAUGACGGGAAAAAUACAAUUCCCAUGAGCAGCUGUAAUAAGACUUUAUGUACUUGCAAUGAAGACAAAUUUCAGCCAAUCUGUGGUCAAGAUCUCAAAACCUAUUUAUCGCCUUGCCAUGCAGGUUGCCAAAAUUAUACGGAAAAAGAUGGAAAAAUAGUCGAAUAUUCAAAUUGCAUGUGCUUAUCAACGUCUGAGGACAGAGUAUUCGACAACACAACCAUUUAUGGCAACGCUACUAUCGGCUACUGCAACCACGAAUGUGGCAGUUUCUUAACUUAUAUCAUUUUAUUUUCGAUAUUUGUUUUCGUCCAUUCGACUUCAGAAGUUGGCUCUAUGCUACUUAUUUUGAGAUGCGUCGAUCCUAAAGAUAAAGCUAUGGCUUUAGGAUUGAUACAGUUUGCUAUUGGAUUAUUUGGGAAUGUACCAUGUCCAAUUAUUUAUGGAGCCGUUGUGGAUUCAGCUUGCAGAAUAUGGAAAAUGGCUUGCGGAGAAAAGGGAGCGUGUGGAUUGUACGACUCAGAUACAUUUAGAAUGUUUUAUCAUGGGACAACCGGUGCCUUACUUCUUUGUGCAUUCUUCGUGGAUCUAAUAGUAUGGUACAAAGCCGGUAGCAUCAAUUUCGUAGACGAACAGCAACAGUUUGACGGUGAAUUGGUCAAUAUGGCCAUUAAGAUAAAAGGAGAUGAAGGGAACUAGCAUGAGGCUGCGGUGAAAGAGAUUUCAUCAAAAUACUAGGUUUUAUUAGAUUGUUUCCAUUAUUGAUUUUUUUUAUUAUUAUUAUUUUUUUUAAUUUGAUAAGUAGAUCUCUAUGGUUGAAACCAAUAUAAUCUGAAAAAUUUGUUUCAAAACUUUGGACAAAGUAUGUAUAUACAUUUAUACAUAUUAGGUAUGUAUAUAUAAACAAUACAUAUAUAUUUUUGUACGACUUAUUAUUGAAAAAAAAACAGACUGCACAAAUAAAUAGGCCUCCUUGAUGGUCAGAUAUCACAUCGUAUUUUUAAAAAACUUUAAGCUAUACAAUACUUAAGAAAAGUUUAAUUUUCACUAAAACAACAAUAAACUGUAGAAGAGAAGUUUCUAAAUUUUAAAAUUUGUGUUGUAAAAAAUUAAAUCUGUUAAGUUUGCAAUCUUGCUGGCAAAAACAGUAUCGAAUUAUUGAUCAGAAUUAUCGAAUGUUUAAGGGUCUUUACCAGAUAUUUUUUUAUAAAAAAUGCCAUUAAAUAUAGUCGUUACUGAUUAAGAGACUCGGCAGCUACAAAACAUUUCUGUCUGUGUUUAGGUAGGUUAUUUCCUAGUCGAAACAACUGUUGCACAUAUUAAAUUUUAAUGAAAAAAGUGCAUUAUUGUAGUUUAAUUUUUAACAAUUCAUAUAGUACAUUAAGACCUAGCAUACAGCUAGUAUUUAACGUAGCAGAUUUUUGUUUAUAUUGUCAAAUUAUUUUAGCAAAUUAACCCUAUUUUUAAUGUAUCUAGUUAUAUAUUUUGAAUGUAUGUAUUUAGGAAAGCCUAUGUAAGUAAUAGUAGGUAUUCUGCUAUUUUCUGGCAGAUAAAUUAAGGAAAUAUUUUUUAAAUAUAAUUUUUUUUGCUAGAUCAUCACAUAUAUACCAAAUAUUAUAAGAAAAAAGAAAGACUUUGGUUAGAUCUUUUAUACGGGCAACAAACACAAACAAAAUAUUCAAAAAGUAAAGAAAAAUUUUGUAUUUUGAGAUAUCAUAUUUUCUUUGUAAUAUUAUUUGCUUAUACAUUUAAUAGAUAUUUUGUUGAAACCAAAAAAAAAAAAAAAACAUUUGAAACUAAUAGAAUUCUUGCAUCCAACAAUAUAAGCUGUGAUAUUUAAUAUGUUUUCUAUACCCAUUUAUUUAAUAUAAUCAAUCUUACCUGAUAUUAUACUCAUAAAGUCAUUCUUUUAAAUAAUUAGUUUCCGUUUAAAGCCGAAUGGAUGAUGUGCAAGAAUUAAAUAAUUAAGUUGUAAAAUAAAUAUCACCAUGAAGUAACAGAUAUUUAAGUAGGUGCCUACCUAUAUUUUUUUUUCUAAAACUACCACCAGAUUACCUCUAACGACUUUUAUGAGUAUAUAAUUUUCAUGGCGAUCAACCAAUCGAGAGUUGUAGAUUUGUAUAUUUUACCCUACAAGACAUGAAUUCAUACACAGAGAAAAACAAAAUAUAAUCUGUAGAUGCAUUCCAAUAAAAAAAAAACAUUUUUUACUUGUAGGACAUUAGAUGCUUUUAUAAAAGAUCAUUUUAAUCUUUUACACUGCAUCAACAAAAAUCAUACUUUGAGUGAAAGUGAACCAUCAAAAGUAGCCAAGAACAAACAGACUCACAUUAUUAUGGGCUAUGGAAAAUGACAGUAAAUUAAACCAUAGCUUAUAAUGUGUGCAUACAUAUUGUGUACUAUAUUGUAAAAGCUCUUUUAAACAUUUAAAAAACACAUUAUUUUUCAAGUACAAAUAAUAAAGGUAUUUUCAUAAAAAAGACAAGACCUACAAUGCUCCUACUCGCAUUCUUUGACAUUUUGAAGUAACUUUCUUCACAAUAUUCAAUACAUUUUAACACUGUAGAUUGUAAAUUUUCAAUAUCUUUGUCAAUGGGUUGUAUUAUGUAGUUAAACAUAAAAUUUUAGAAAUAAUUGAAUGUAAUAUUGAAUACCUAUCGAAUUAUAAAUCACAUUAUGUAAAUGUAUAUGUAUCUCUGGUCUCUGCAUUUUAAAAAAUAUAUCAAGUAAACCAGAUUGACUAUAUGUAUGUAUAAGUAAUUUAUAUUUGAGAUGUUUUACACAUCUUUAAUAUAUCUAUUAAUAUUUCCUUUACCAAAUAUCAUUAAACUUAUUAAACUAUAGUUACCAAUCAGUUAUACUAUAAAAGUCUAUGUUCUUUGCUAUUUAGAAAAUAGAUGUGCCAUGUAUCUAUAGUUUAACGAAGAUAUACCUCACUCCUAUAUUUUUAUUAUGGUGCUCAAACAGUUUAUACUUUUAUAUUAUUGAUUUUUUCUAGAAUUGUUUUUUUGUUUCUGUAUUCCCUGUUAGUUUUUAGUUUGAAAUAGCCAAUAAAUUUUCUAAGUAUUUGA